AUGGGAGGCCAUAUCAAUAGAGUCCAUCCACGGGGACCCUCAGGUGUUAACAGACCGCUUCCAAGGCGCCGAAGCGCAAGGUAUUCGAGACUCAUAAGAAGCGAUGAGGAAUUGGACAGACGCCUAGAGCUAGCGCUGCCAGUUGGUUGGGACGGUCUGAUCAUCGAUCAAUAUCCUGACGAACAGACCGAAGCGGUUUAUCUUGUCAAAGCUUCAAACAUCAGGCAAGAGCGCAUACUAACAGAACAGCAGAUAUCUGAAUUCAGGCCAGGCGAUUUGGUACUCGCAAGCGUCCAUGAACCGACUACUGAUCCUAAGAGCAGAGUUGGAGAUGACAGUAUCACAGCCACGAUGUUUGGCAAGGCAGUGUCUAAAGAUCGUUUCCACAUUCUGCUGGAGAAACAUCCCAAGCAUGGGGUAUUCGCUCCAAUCGGAUCACGCGGUUCAAAGGGAUUGCACGGCCUCAGUGAAACGGAGCGACUUUGUCGAGUUGGCUUUCGUAAAGCAGGAGAACAUUAUGAUCGUGACAGACUUACCGAUGAAGACCCUGAGUUUUUGUCCCUGAACGUUCCCGUGGAGCUUGCACAGGGCGUUCUGGAUCGUUGGUCGUUCUUGGAUCUCUCUUACCGAACGUCAUUAUAUUGGUCCUCAAACAUUCGAUUCAGAGGAUACCUUCACAGAUCAGAUACACGAAGGGUACUCGAACUUUGCGAAAGUAUGAGCCGUGUCAACUUAGCGUCAAGUAAUGGAGCUACGCCAUCAAUCUCUCCUCCAGAUAGGAACGCUGUCACAAGGCCUGACUCACCUCGUAGUGCCGAUUCUAUAGAACAAGACAUCGAUCUUGGCCCAGUUCUCUGGGAGAUGACAGGUCGAAAUGACUACGAACAAUCAACUUCCGACAAGCCAGACUUGGACGAUAACGACGACCCGGAUCGACCGAAAGGCACAGCAGAAGAACAAAAGAGGGCAUUUACCAAACGGAACACGGAAGUUGCAUCAGUCGUUCAAGACCUAGUGAGAGCCGAAGAGAAACUCUUCAAGGAUGUGAAUGAUGCCACUCUUCUCGCAGCCCAGGCGGAGAUACAUGCUAGAAGAGCACUGAUAGAUUAUCAGGACAUGAUGUCGGCCGGUACAGCAGGAGAGCAUGCCCUGGAGCUUUUCAAGAAUGCGGCCGAACAAGCCGUACUAGAUCGUGAUACGGCACGAGAGAAGAGGGACAGAUUGACUGCAUCAGUUGAGGAGGUACUGGCGCAUCCAGAACUCAGGCCCCGCGUACCUGCUGGCACAGACAUCAACGAACAGCGACUGACUAUUAUCAAUAACGCCACCAAGUCGCUUCAGGAUCGACUACAGAGUAUCGCCAAGCAAAAGUAA